AUGGGCGAGCCCACAAUCACCGAAACGUCGCUCAAAGCGGCCUUGACGGAGCGACUAAAGGCAAUCCACGUCGAAGUAACCGACAUGUCCGGCGGCUGCGGCCAAUCCUUCACAUCCCUAAUCGUAUCGCCGCAAUUCGCAGGCCAGAACAGCCUAAAGCGACACCGCGCCGUCAACGCCGCCCUGCGCGAUGAGAUCGCCGCCAUCCACGCCUGGAGCGCCAAAUGUCUGACGCCCGACGAGUGGCAGCGCGACAAGGACAAGGACAAGAACAGCGGCCCGCCUCUGGACGGCACCGUGCGGGGGCAAGUUACGGGUGUUGAUGCGUGA